GUCGGCCCAGUCGCAUGAUGACACGCAAGCCCUCCUGGACAUGCUUCAACUGUACCCCUCGGAGUCUCCCAACGAUGCUGACGAGGAACCCACUAGCCCCCUGGAGACCAUCCCGUCUGAGCCUGAGUACCGCGACCUGGUCGUCCA